CUCCUGUGCUUCAGUCCCCGCGCGUUCACGACACCGGUCCACUGGCUGCAUGAUGGCUGAGGGAGGCGGACCCGAGUCGGGCAGCGCGGCAGACUCUGACACAGAGCCGGUAGCCGCACAAAUGCCUACCCCUUCAAUAGAAAACCAAAAACAGAAUAUUGGGUCACUUUUGAAAACAACUUUAAAAAAGGGCGACGAAUGGUAUCUUAUAGACAGUCGAUGGUUCAAACAGUGGAAAAAGUAUGUGGGAUUUGACAGCUGGGAUAUGUACAAUGUUGGGGAACGUAGCCUCUAUCCAGGACCAAUCGACAACUCUGGGCUGUUCUCAGACCAGGAGACUCAGGCCCUGAAAGAGCACCUUAUAGAUGAGCUGGACUACGUCCUUGUACCCACUGACGCGUGGAAUAAGCUGGUCAGCUGGUAUAGCUGCCUCGAGGGCCAGAGACCCAUCGUCAGAAAGGUGGUCGAACAUGGCAUGUUUGUGAAGCACUGUAAGGUGGAAGUUUAUCUGCUUGAACUCAACCUGUGCGAGAACGACAACAUGGAAAAUGUCGUCAAACGGCAUUUCAGUAAAGCUGAUACCAUAGACACCAUAGAGAAGGAGAUGCGGACGUUGUUCAAUAUCCCUUCAGAGAAGGAGACUCGACUCUGGAACAAAUACAUGAGCAACACUUACGAGCAGCUGAACAAGCCAGACAGCACUGUACAGGAUGCCGGCCUCUUCCAGGGACAGGUGCUUGUGAUCGAACGCAAGAAUGAGGACGGCACGUGGCCCAGACAAGCUUCCCAUCCCAAGUCCAGUGCAACUCCAUCUAGGAAUUUUACUACCUCCCCUAAACUUUCCUCAAAUUCAUCAGCUAGCGUAUCCCCAACCGUAACCAAUGGUGACGGUAGCCCCGGAUACGCUCUGAAUAACAGCACGUCCUCUAACAACAGAUUUGGGGGAUAUAAUUCAUAUAGCUCCUCCUAUAACUACAGAGAAUCACAAUCGCAGCCUGGCCUGUGCGGUCUCAGUAAUCUGGGCAAUACAUGCUUCAUGAACUCUGCUCUCCAGUGCCUGAGCAAUGUGUCUCCACUCACAGAGUACUUCCUCACAGACCAGUAUGAAGCAGAGAUUAACCGAGAGAAUCCCCUGGGGAUGAGGGGGGAGAUCGCCGAGGCCUACGCAGACCUGGUGAAGCAGAUGUGGAUGAGCCGCAGCAGUUACGUGGCCCCGCGUACCUUCAAAACCCAGGUGGGCCGCUUCGCUCCACAGUUUUCCGGCUACCAGCAGCAGGACUCUCAGGAGUUGUUGGCCUUCCUGCUGGACGGACUCCACGAAGAUCUGAACCGUGUCAAGAAGAAGCCUUACCUGGCCCUGAGAGACGCAGAGGGUCGUCCAGAUGACAUUGUUGCCAAGGAAGCCUGGACAAACCACCGCUUGCGCAACGACUCCGUCAUCGUCGACAUUUUCCACGGCCUCUUUAAGUCUACAUUAGUGUGCCCAGAGUGCUCCAAAGUGUCUGUGACCUUCGACCCUUUCUGCUACCUCACGCUGCCUCUCCCUAUGAAAAAGGACCGGACCAUGGAGGUGUUUCUAGUUCAGUCGGAUCCCCAGUCCAAACCCACUCAGUUCAGAGUGGUGGUCCCCAAACUGGGAGCAGUGACGGACCUUUGCAGCGCCUUGUCCAGGCUCUGCGGGAUUCCUCCUGAAAAGAUGGUGGUAGCCGACGUUUACAAUCACAGAUUUCAUAAAAUUUACAGACGAGAUGAUGCCCUCAACCAAAUCAUGGAAAAAGAUGACAUUUUUGUAUAUGAGGUCCAGGAGGAGGAUAGCGAAAGGAUGAACCUGCCUGUGUAUUUCAGGGAGCGCCACUCCAAACACGUGGGCAGCUCCUCUAGCACCUUGUUGUUCGGCCAGCCUUUACUCAUCUCCGUGCCCAGACACAACCUGUUGGCUGACAUUCUUUACGACAAGAUUCUGGAAAGAAUCGGACGCUACGUCAAGCAACAGCACAGUCCAAAUACCGAAAGCAGAGCUUCGGCCUCCGCCACUUUGUCCAGCUGCAGCCAGACUCCUGAAUGUUCCACAUCGUCUGCCCUCAACGCCAGCCUGGGGGGCUGCGGCAGCCCCCGGUCAGACGGGGCCUCCUGCAGCGCCAGCUCCAGUAACGGUAGCAACCACUCAGGAACCUGCAACGAAGCCAACGGGCUGUAUGACGGUGAAGACGAGGCCAUGGAUCACCAGGUGAGCCCCGAGCCGGAGAACGGGCCGUCUGAAGAGGAGGAGGAGAGCUCAGACCUGGAGAACGGCUCUAAAGGGAACGCAGCCAAGCUCUUCACCUUCAGCAUAGUCAACUCUUACGGGACCGUCAACAUCAGCCCGCUGCCUUGCGACGGAAAUGUCCUCAAACUUAACCCACAUUCCACUGUGGCGAUCGACUGGGACACGGAAUCCAAGAAACAGUUUUACGAUGAGCAGGAAGCGGAGGCCUACGAGAAGCACGACAGCAUGCUGCAGCCUCAAAAAAAGAAAACAACCGUGGGUCUGAAGGAAUGCAUUGAGCUUUUUACUACGAUGGAGACUCUAGGAGAACAUGACCCUUGGUAUUGUCCAACCUGUAAAAAACAUCAACAGGCAACAAAAAAGUUUGACUUGUGGUCGCUGCCUCGCAUUCUGGUCGUUCACCUGAAGCGUUUCUCCUACAACCGAUGCUGGAGGGACAAACUCGACACACUGGUGGAUUUUCCCAUCAGGGAUCUAAACAUGUCAGAGUUUGUGUGUGACCCAAAAGCGGGCCCUUACGUCUACGACCUCAUUGCUGUUUCAAACCACUACGGAGGAAUGGGAGGCGGCCACUAUACGGCUUAUGGCAAGAACAAAAUGGAUGGGAAGUGGUAUUACUUUGACGACAGCAGCGUCUCGUCUGCCUCUGAGGAUCAGAUUGUGACUAAAGCAGCCUACGUGCUCUUUUAUCAGCGCAGAGACGAGGACAGCCUAACCAAACCCGACCCGCCGGCCUCGCUGGGAGGAGCCACCGAGUCAGGCGACGACCACAUGGACACAAACUGAGGAGCCCCGACUUAACGAACACACACUGAAAACACACGUGACGAGUAGAGACUCGGAUAUGCGCACACAGUGCUUCUUUAGUGGUAGAGGACUCCACAGACUCGCUAACCCUUCCUCCUUCGAGUUUAUUUGAUUUGCGUCUCGUCCGUUUUUCGUCUUCAACAAAACGACCGUGUCAGAAGAGUUGAACCGAGAGACUGCCUCCCCCCCGAAGCAGGUGAUCGUAGCGUUACUAGUCCGGGACUUCAGAGGAACACAGAUAAACACAGAAGCUCUCGCCGGAUGAGCAGAAUGUUAGAAGUGCCCGCGAAUUCUUCUGUCGCCCACGAAAACGUUCAGAAAUAUUUAAAUGACAAAAAAAAAACAAAAAAAAAAAAACUAAAUAAAUAAAAGCCAAAUGCUGA